AGGCUUGGGAAGUUCUCAUCAUUCUGGUGUUUCAACGGACGUAAGAGUGACUCGACCGAAAUGUCCAACCCUUGUCCGCGCAGUGCAAGAUCACUGGCUACCGCAAUCCCCGAAAUAACCAUCAGAAAGAAGCAAAAGUUCUCGCUGCAAUUGUGCCCCUGAUUUCCCAGUGGUGAUGAACAACCAGGCAGUUUCCCUAGGGCCAUGUCGGCAAAACAUGCCAAAAAUUUUGCCCUGUUUUGGCCGGUCUUUUAGGAUUACUGACGAUGAGAUGUGUUUCUUCUCCUAUAAAAGACUCGUGUGCUAUCACAGCCUUAAGAAGAGCUGCAGAUCCACUUUUCUCUCUCGACAGACCUUCGCCCCUGCAAUGCCGAGCCGUGUCGACAACACCGCCGCCGGUGUCCGGAGCCGCCGCCGAGCUGGUCCGUCCCCAUCUGCCGCAGGACUGGCCGUCCAAGGAGAACCCAAUCCCAACCACAGCGCCUUGGUCGACGGCGCUAACGGACACCACGAACCGAUGGUCCCGACGAACGGGGUCCAAGAUGACACCGGGGGACAUUCGCCGUCCCCUGCUUCCGGUGAUGUCACCCCCGAGGAACUCUCCUCGGGGGGUGCCUCCCCCGGCAACUUGACCACAGCCCGUGACGGGUCACCUCCUUCGAACUCGGCAGAAGACAGCGCCACCGCCACCGCCACCGGCACCAACGUGGGCAAUUGGCAGAUGAACACGUUCUUGCGCGGUCCACCGAGCACGGUCACUCCGUCCGAGGGAGUCGAUCGUCCCCUACCGCUGGUCCUAGACGAGAUCCUUGCCUAUGUCGGGGGCUCCACGGCCAAUUCCUCGGCCUCGGCUGACGCCUCCCCCAACGGCGGACCACACAACGGCCGAGUCGGUAUCGCCUACUACGCCCCCUUGGAGAUCGACGACGUCGUUCGCGGCUCCGGGCCCGGCGGGCAGCACCCAGGCUCGGGUUGAUGCGUGGACGUCGGCGACGGGGGCUGAAAUAUCGAGCAAUUGUCGGAUGAACAGCCGGGCUCGCUCCCCAUGAUCAACACACAUAACAUACGCACACACAACAUCUCCGAUAGAUGUGCCUUCCGCCGGUUCGCGACUAAGCGGUCGGGACCCAGGUCUCCCGGCAAUCCUGUUGCU